CGUGGCUCUGGGCCUGCGCGCAUCGGGGUCAGGGGUCACGGCGGCGUAUUUUGUGGCGGGAAAAGCUGUUUGUUGCGGGAUGGAUAUUAAGCGUCGACAAGGACCAGGCCCUGGUGUGCCUCCAAAGCGGGCUCGUGGGGGCCUCUGGGAUGAGGAUGAGCCAUCCCAGUUUGAGGAGAACUUGGCGCUGCUGGAGGAGAUAGAGGCUGAGAAUCGGCUGCAAGAGGCAGAGGAGGAGCUGCAGCUGCCCCCAGAUGGCACUGUGGGCGGGCAGUUUUCCACUGCGGACAUUGACCCGCGCUGGCUGCGGCCUAACCUACGUGCCCUGGACCCCAACACGGAGCCCCUCAUCUUCCAGCAGCUAGAGAUUGACCACUAUGUGGGCUCAGCGGUGCCACUGCCAGGAGGGCCCCCAGUAUCCCGUAAUUCAGUGCCCAUACUGCGGGCCUUUGGGGUCACCGACGAGGGCUUUUCCAUCUGCUGCCAUAUCCAUGGCUUUGCACCCUACUUCUACACCCCUGCACCUCCCGGUUUUGGGGCUGAGCACCUGAGUGACCUGCAGCGAGAGCUGAACACAGCCAUCGGCCGGGACCAGCGUGGUGGGAAGGAGCUCUCGGGACCAGCAGUGCUGGCCAUGGAGCUGUGCUCCCGUGAGAGCAUGUUUGGGUACCAUGGUCACGGCCCUUCUCCAUUUCUCCGCAUCAUCCUGGCACUACCCCGCCUUGUGGCACCAGCCCGCCGCCUCCUGGAACAGGGUAUCCGUGUGCCAGGCCUGGGGACCCCAAGCUUCGCGCCCUAUGAGGCCAACGUGGACUUCGAGAUCCGGUUCAUGGUGGAUGCUGACAUUGUGGGCUGCAACUGGUUGGAGCUCCCAGCUGGGAAAUAUGUUCGGAGGACAGAGAAGAGGGCUACACUGUGUCAGCUGGAGGUGGAUGUGCUGUGGUCAGAUGUGAUCAGUCACUCACCAGAAGGGCAGUGGCAGCGCAUUGCGCCACUGCGUGUGCUCAGUUUUGACAUCGAGUGUGCUGGCCGCAAAGGCAUCUUUCCUGAGCCGGAGCGUGACCCUGUGAUCCAGAUCUGUUCCCUGGGACUGCGCUGGGGUGAGCCAGAGCCAUUCUUGCGCCUGGCACUCACGCUGCGCCCCUGCGCCCCCAUCCUGGGUGCCAAAGUGCAGAGUUAUGAGCGGGAAGAAGACCUGCUCCAGGCCUGGGCCAACUUCGUCCUUGCCAUGGACCCUGACGUCAUCACUGGCUACAACAUUCAGAACUUUGACCUCCCAUACCUCAUCUCUCGAGCGCAAACCCUGAAGGUGGAGCGCUUCCCUUUCCUCGGCCGCGUGACUGGCCUCCGCUCCAACAUCCGAGACUCCUCCUUCCAGUCGAAGCAGGUGGGCCGGAGAGACAGUAAGGUGGUCAGCAUGGUGGGUCGAGUUCAGAUGGACAUGCUGCAGGUGCUGCUGCGGGAAUACAAGCUCCGCUCCUACACGCUCAAUGCUGUGAGCUUCCACUUCCUGGGUGAGCAGAAGGAGGAUGUGCAGCACAGCAUCAUCACCGACCUGCAGAACGGGAAUGAGCAGACGCGCCGCCGCCUGGCCGUGUACUGUCUGAAGGAUGCCUUCCUGCCACUUCGGCUGCUUGAGCGCCUUAUGGUGCUGGUGAACAACGUGGAAAUGGCGCGUGUCACAGGUGUGCCCCUUGGGUACCUGCUCAGCCGAGGCCAGCAGGUCAAGGUCGUGUCUCAGCUGCUGCGCCAGGCCAUGCGCCAGGGGCUGCUGAUGCCUGUGGUGAAGACUGAGGGUGGCGAGGACUACACGGGAGCCACUGUCAUUGAGCCCCUUAAAGGGUACUAUGACGUUCCUAUUGCCACCCUGGACUUCUCCUCUCUAUACCCAUCCAUCAUGAUGGCCCAUAACCUGUGCUACACCACACUGCUACGGCCCGGGGCUGCUCAGAAGUUAGGCCUUAAACCAGAUGAGUUCAUCAGGACACCCACUGGGGAUGAGUUCGUGAAGUCCUCCGUGCGGAAGGGCCUCCUGCCCCAGAUCCUGGAGAAUCUGCUGAGUGCCCGGAAGAGGGCCAAGGCUGAGCUGGCUCAGGAGACAGACCCCUUGCGGCGGCAGGUCUUGGAUGGUCGGCAGCUGGCACUGAAAGUGAGUGCCAACUCGGUAUAUGGCUUCACUGGUGCUCAGGUGGGCAAGCUGCCAUGUUUGGAGAUCUCCCAGAGUGUCACUGGGUUCGGGCGUCAGAUGAUUGAGAAAACCAAGCAACUAGUGGAGUCCAAGUACACCCUGGAAAAUGGCUACGAUGCCAACGCCAAGGUGGUCUACGGUGACACCGACUCUGUGAUGUGCCGAUUUGGUGUCUCCUCGGUGGCUGAGGCAAUGUCUCUGGGUCGGGAGGCCGCAAACUGGGUAUCCAGUCACUUCCCAUCGCCUAUCCGGCUUGAGUUUGAGAAGGUUUACUUUCCAUACUUGCUCAUCAGCAAGAAGCGCUAUGCUGGCCUGCUCUUCAAGAGGAGAUCCCUUGUGUACACCGUGGAACUCCACAUUGGGAAGGUGGUCCUAGGGGAUCGCGGGGAUUACCGUCUAGAGGUCAAAGCCAAGGAUGUCUGCGACAGCUGCCCGUUCAAUGUGGAUGUAGAGGCACCCCGACAGGACUCAUCUGGUCAGAGCCUUGAGAGCUUCAAACGUCCGGGUGACGGGAAGUCAGAAGAUGCGGGUGAGCUGGAUUUCAGCGGCUUGUUGAAGAAGAGGGAAGUGGUUGAGGAGGAAAAGAAGAAGAAGAAAGAUGAUGAUGAUCUGGGCAUUCCCCCAGAGAUUUGGGAGCUCCUGAAAGGGGCCAAGAAGAGCGAGUAUGAGAAGAUUGCCUUUCAAUAUGGCAUCACGGACCUCCGCGGCAUGCUGAAGCGGCUCAAGAAGGCCAAGGUGGAGGUCAAGAAGAGUGCAGCCUUCACUAAGAAGUUGGACCCAGCCUACCAAGUAGACAGGGGCAAUAAGAUCAAGUUGGUGGUGGAGAUCAGUGAUCCAGACCUUCCUCUCAAGUGGUUCAAGAAUGGCCAAGAGAUCAAACCAAGCAGCAAGUAUGUGUUUGAGAAUGUGGGGAAGAAACGAAUCCUCACCAUCAACAAGUGCACACUGGCGGAUGACGCCGCAUAUGAGGUAGCAGUCAAAGAUGAGAAGUGCUUCACGGAACUCUUUGUCAAAGAGCCUCCAGUCCUGAUUGUGACCCCACUGGAAGACCAGCAGGUGUUUGUGGGUGACCGAGUGGAAAUGUCGGUAGAGGUAUCUGAAGAGGGUGCACAGGUCAUGUGGAUGAAAGAUGGUGUGGAGAUGACACGGGAGGACUCCUACAAGGCACGCUACCGCUUCAAGAAGGAUGGGAAACGGCACAUCCUCAUCUACUCCGAUGUGACCCAGGAGGAUGGGGGCCGCUAUCAGGUCAUAACCAACGGUGGCCAAUGUGAGGCUGAACUCAUUGUGGAAGAAAAGCAACUGGAGGUCCUGCAGGACAUUGCGGACCUGACAGUGAAGGCCUCAGAACAGGCUGUGUUCAAGUGUGAAGUGUCUGAUGAGAAAGUGACGGGCAAGUGGUACAAGAAUGGGGUGGAAGUACGACCCAGCAAGAGGAUCACCAUCUCCCAUGUGGGCAGAUUCCACAAGCUGGUGAUUGAUGAUGUCCGCCCCGAGGAUGAGGGAGACUACACGUUUGUGCCUGAUGGUUAUGCUCUGUCCCUCUCAGCCAAGCUCAACUUCCUGGAAAUCAAAGUGGAGUAUGUACCCAAGCAAGAGCCCCCAAAGAUCCACCUGGACUGCUCAGGGAAGACCUCAGAUAACUCAAUUGUUGUGGUGGCUGGAAACAAGUUGCGGCUGGAUGUGGCUAUCUCUGGGGAGCCACUUCCCACUGCCACCUGGCUAAAGGGAGAUGAGGUGUUCACAGCCACGGAGGGCAGGACGCACAUUGAGCAGAGGCCAGACUGCAGCAGCUUUGUGAUUGAGAGUGCAGAACGGGCAGAUGAGGGCCGCUAUACCAUCAAAGUCACCAACCCUGUGGGCGAGGAUGUGGCCUCCAUUUUCCUGCGGGUUGUGGAUGUUCCUGACCCCCCAGAGGCCGUUCGUGUCACCUCAGUUGGAGAAGACUGGGCCAUUCUGGUCUGGGAGCCACCCAAGUAUGACGGAGGACAGCCAGUGACUGGGUACCUGAUGGAGCGGAAGAAGAAAGGCUCUCAGCGCUGGAUGAAGCUCAACUUUGAAGUCUUCACUGAAACAACCUACGAGUCCACAAAGAUGAUCGAGGGUGUCCUCUAUGAGAUGCGGGUCUUCGCUGUCAACGCCAUUGGUGUCUCACAGCCCAGCAUGAACACCAAGCCCUUCAUGCCCAUUGCGCCAAUCCUGUCCGGGGGCCUCCACUUGAGUGUGGUGGUGGUGUCUGUCACAUCCUCCACUGUGAGUGGUGCAAAGGGAGACUUCCCUGGGAAUGACACCUCAAGACAGGCACUCCCUCAGCUGCAGAACACAACGCUGCUAAUCCUGCACCCUGGAUUAUCAGAGGAGGACACCAUCUUUUGA